GGAAAAUCCGGAGCUUCUUUACUCCUCACUCGACUGAAAGCGGGUCGGGUUAGUUACUGUUCGGUUUCAAGGAAAAUGAAGCAGAAAAUCGAGCAGAUCAGUACCCGGAAGCUGCUCACGUACUUUCUGGUUGGGAUAAUUUCGGUUCUCUUGAUCCUUAGUUUGUAUUAUGGAUCUUCCUUCGCUCCUGGUUUGCGUAAAUCCGAUGAGGCUGCUUCUCGCCGAUACGGAUCGGACCCGGUGUUCGGAGGGUCUUCCAGGUAUGGCUAUCGAGCCGAUUUGCUCAAAGACGAAUCGCGCUUGCUGGAAUUCCCUAAAACCAUUCCGAUUUGUGACUUAAAAUAUUCAGAGUUGAUCCCUUGCUUGGAUAGAAGCCUUAAUUAUCAACUCAAAUUGAAGCUGAAUUUGUCACUAAUGGAACACUAUGAGCGUCAUUGUCCGCCACAGGAGCGCCGUUACAAUUGCCUGAUUCCGCCUCCUGUUGGUUACAAGAUACCUAUAAGAUGGCCGGCAAGCAGAGAUGAAGUGUGGAAGGCAAACAUUCCCCAUACACAUCUUGCAAAGGAAAAACAGGAUCAGCAUUGGAUGGUUGUUGAUGGGGAUAAGAUAAAAUUUCCCGGUGGAGGAACCCAUUUCCAUGAUGGAGCUGAUAAGUACAUUAUUGGUCUAGCUCAGAUGCUUAAAUUUCCUGAUGACAAACUCCACAAUGGUGGAAAUAUUCGUAAUGUUCUUGAUGUGGGUUGUGGGGUUGCAAGUUUUGGAGCAUAUCUCCUUCCCCUUGAUAUUAUAGCCAUGUCUCUUGCACCUAAUGAUGUGCAUCAGAAUCAAAUACAAUUUGCAUUAGAGAGAGGUAUCCCAUCAACUCUUGGUGUUUUGGGAACAAAAAGACUUCCAUAUCCCAGCAGAUCGUUUGAACUAGCUCAUUGUUCUCGAUGCCGAAUUGAUUGGCUUCAGAGAGAUGGGAUUCUCCUAUUGGAACUUGAUAGAGUGUUGAGGCCAGGAGGAUACUUUGCCUACUCUUCUCCUGAAGCCUACGAGAAAGAUCCUGAAAAUCUAAGGAUCUGGAAUGCUAUGUCCAAUCUGCUUAAAAGAAUGUGCUGGAGGGUUGCUACAAAGAAAGGCCAAACUGUCAUAUGGGCAAAGCCUGUGAGCAAUAGCUGUUACUCUAAGAGAGAACGUGGGACUCAACCCCCUUUGUGCAGUUCUGGUGAUGACCCAGAUGCAACUUGGAACGUAUUGAUGAAGGCAUGCAUUUCCCCAUACUCAACAAAGAUGCACAAGGAAAAAGGUAGUGGACUAGUUCCUUGGCCACAGAGGCUUACUGCUGCAUCUCCUCGUCUUGAAGAAAUUGGUGUCAGUCCUGAGGAAUUCCAGGAAGAUAGUAGAAUUUGGCAUUUUAGAGUGAUUGAGUACUGGGAGCUGAUGAAAAAUCUUAUAGAAAAGAACUUCAUCAGAAAUGUGAUGGAUAUGAACUCAAAUCUUGGGGGUUUUGCUGCUGCUCUUAAAGACAAAGAUGUCUGGGUUAUGAAUGUUGCGCCAGUGAAUAUGUCCGCCAGGCUGAAAAUUAUUUAUGAUCGAGGCCUAAUUGGGACUGUUCAUGACUGGUGUGAAGCGUUUUCAACAUACCCACGUACUUAUGAUCUUCUACAUGCUUGGAUGGUAUUUUCGGAGAUUGAAGAGCGUGGGUGUAGCGCAGAGGACCUACUCAUUGAAAUGGACAGAAUACUACGGCCGCAUGGGAUUGUCAUUAUAAGAGACAAAGCCUCUAUAGUACAAUACAUUGAAAAACUCUUGAUCGCCCUGAGGUGGGAUCUUUUUAUAGCACAAGUUGAACCAAGGAAUGAUGCUCUUUCUGCAGGUGAAGAAGGAGUGUUAGUUGUGAGAAAGAAGCUGUGGAAAUGGAAUGCUCCAGUUGUGACAAUGUGAACCUAUUUUGGUAUAAGGUAAAACUGCACCUUUAGAAGUCAGUGCCUCCUCUGUAAGAUGAAGUUUGUGGGGGGAAACUGAGACCUAUUGUUGAUUGCCAUUUUAAGAUGAAGGUUUGCUUUUACCUUCGCAGGACAAGAUGAUGGCACCAAAGCUUUUACGACACAUUCAUUCAUAUCGUAGAAUGGGUUACUAAUAAAAAACAGGCAUAGAUGUAGGUAGCCAAAAUGAAGAAAAGGAGAAAGGAGAGUAUGCAUGUAAUUUUGAAACUACUGAAUAUUGUUUUCUUUUAGACAGGCAUUUCCUUCCAUCCUCGGUUAGCAACAGUUGAAUAUUGUAAGUUAGUUAAAUAAUUAGGAAAGAGUUGUUUUCAUUGAUAAGUAAUGGAAUGUGCUGUUAAGAACAAAAAUUAAGAUUUUGCAAUGGAUAGACAACAAAACUUUCAUGUAUGUAUUAAAAGUUAAAACCCUAA